AUGACCAUUCUCUCGAGACGCGACCAAGCGUCGUUCGAAACAACGAAGCGUGUUAUUGCUCAAAUUGUCAACGAAGGUCUCGCCUUUGCGAAGCUGGAAUGCCCAAAGUCAGAGGAGCCACAGAUACUGUGCCUACAGAGUAAACUGAGCCCUCAAGAUGGAAGCUUGGCCAAGGUGGCAAUCAAAACAGGCACUGUUAUCGACACAAAAGAUGGUAUUGUGGUGUCUGUUGUCAAGCCAGACAGCUUACAACCCCCUGUGACUAUUACAAGCACUGGUUAUGGGGAGUUUGACCCAGGGACACUAUUCAAUCUGUUAAGCACAUCAUUCAAGGAUAUCAUCAGUGAGACAAUCUUGGACGAGAUGAUUGAUGAAUUGCGCAAUUCUGCAGCCAAUCAAGAAAAAUGGCUUGAGAUUACCCAAAAUCAGCCAGUAUGGACCCUCAAGAAUAGGUCUGCAGAUUGGGAGCGGGCCUUGAUCUAUGGCCACCCAAGUCACCCUUACCAUCGACUGUGCUAUUCACAAGCACCCUUGGAGCGCGUCAUCCCCGAUGAUAUUCCGAGCAUGCUCACACCAAAUCUUGCCUUUCUCUCUGUUCCGCGUACAGAUCUUGCUGUCACAGGUCACUUUGAGCAAGAACUGCAACCUCUCCUGAAGAAGCUCGACAUUCCGAAGACAACAUGUGACCGAGUCAUUGUUCCAUGCCUCGCCCAGCAAUUGCCUUCGAUUAAGCAGAGAUUUCCGCUCACAAUUGUUCUAAAGAUUGUUGCUGAUUCUGCUGAUGCCCAGGCAUCAAUGCGUACUCUUACCCUACGACCGGAGUUAGAAUUUAAGUAUCAUCUGAAGCUCUCAUUGGCUUGUCAAAUCACCUCCGCUCUGCGAACCAUCACGCCCUGGACAACUUGUGGAGGACCCAUUCAAACGGAGAUCUUGGAGAAGCUACUUCCAGAAGAUCUAUGGGUUUUCCGAGAAGUUGCAGCUGUCUCUGGCAGUCAGAAAGAUUUCAGUAACGCCCGCCACCUGUCUUGUAUUCUGCGAGAUAGUCUGGAGACAAGAGCUCUGGAGAACGAUGAAAUUCUUAUCAUCGCUGCAGCAUUGGGGCAGAAGCCCGUUGGGGACAAUCGUGCCUAUGCGGAGAUUUUGUUUAAUCUGGAAACAAUUUCCCAAAAACGGGAAUGGUUUAAGACAUACGUUACAGUCCUUUUCAGGCUCGUGCUUCUCCCGUUGGUCGAGUUCGGCAUUGGACUGGAGGCCCACGGACAGAAUCUGGUGGCCCGCGUGUGUCGAAAUACUGGUCAAAUCAAAGGAUUCGCCGUGCGCGACUUUGGUGGAGUCAGAAUGCAUGUCCCGACCUUGCGGAAGCAUGGCGUGAGCUACGACUCACUGCCUCCAGGAGCAGCCACAUUGACCGAUAGCUUAGACAAUGUCUGGAGCAAGGUACAUCACUCACUCCUCCAGAACCACGUCGGGCUGCUCUUGGAGGCGUUGGGAUUGGAACGCCAUGGUGGAUGGGGAAUCACUCUUGAGGUCUUGUCGGCAGUUCUGGGGUCAGAGUUGGGCUCUUCUGGAAGUGCGCUGCUCGAAUACUUCACGAAGGAUACGAUGCCAUUCAAGUGUUUCUUGAGAAUGAGGAUGGAGAGCAAAUACCGUGAUGUGAGUUUUGAGGUCUUCUGUUUCUGCCUAAGUCACAAUUGA